CUAGUGAGAUAUUUUACAAUAUUUCAUUUUUAUAGAAGAUCUCCAAGAGUGUUUUUAACUGUUUUCGUAAAAAAUAAAAUUAAAAUAGUUUCGAUUUUAUACUGAAAAAAAAUGUUGCUUGUAUUAGCUUACAUUGAAUCAAAGUACAUCAAGGAGGAGGGAAAGAUGCCGGAAAUGUUCGAGCUCCACAAUAAUGCGACCAUUGGUGAAUUGAAGCAAAAAUUGGAGGUAAAAGUGGGUCUUCCCUUGGCUCGCCUGAACGUACAGAGUUUUCACAAGUCCUUAGAAGAUGAAGAGUUUAUAACAAGUUUGCUCAGAAUUCCGGAUAAUAGCGAUUUUAAUUAUCCGUCGACAACGCUUAAUGGGACAGCAUUUUCGCUGUACCACGAAAAUUCAUUUGUAGGAUUUCUCCAAUUCUAUACAAUUCCAGAGGGCAAGAGCCAACUGGAUUUCCUUAACAUGCCGAAGAGCUCAGUGCUUCUGCCAGUGGACAGGCUUCCGCACUUUUGCGAGGUGUCCAACUCGCAAGAUUCCUCCGCAUCCAGUGCGUCGAACCAGACAAAUUGCAGCUUCGAAUCCGCAAGCUCGAGCGCCAGCUCCGGAGCGCGAAAGACGAAAAUGUGCUCCUCCGAUGAGGAAUCGGCUGUCAAAAGAAUACGAAGCAACCAAGAGAACAGCGUGGUCAAGGUGGUUCCGCAGCAGAAUCUGCUCGCGGACAAGCGAACCGGCAGUAUGGCUUCCAUUUUUGGUUCGCAGGUCAACAUGAUGCCCUGCUACAAGACGGAGACUAGCAGUACAAGCAGCUCAGUGGAGCAGGCCGAGGAGUGCAAGACUAAGAAGAAGGACUGCUGUAUGCCAAAGAAUUGCCGCAAGAGGGAUACCCGGCCGCCGUAUGCGAACACAAUGCCCGAGAAUCGACGAUACGCCUUGGUGAUAACCAACCAGAGUUCGUGCUCGGAUGGUGUGGACACUGUCGCCCUAAUGGAGCACUUUCAUUCCCUAUUCGAGGACAGUGGAUCGAGCGUCAGCGAUCUCAAUUUCAGUGAGUGUGCCUCAACGCAGAGAUUCGACUGCAACAUGCUCGUGGUCUGCGAGGAUAACGAAACGGCCCAAUGGGUCAUCUCAGCAGUCGAAGGUGUGGACCCGCCACACUCCUGCCAGCCCUUCAUUAAGUUCUUCGGCCUACUGAGAACCGACUUCGUCCUGCCCCUGGUCAGUCCGAGCAAGUCGCUCUGUGUGAUCUUCGCAUUACUGGAGUCACAGAACCCGGGCUUGAAUACCGACAAGUGGAGCGUCGUCAAUCGCUCCACUGUGGACGGCCAAGAUGUGGACAGACAGGUCGCAGAGUUCUGCGAAAACGUCCUUAUUGAGGUGUAUAUCGACGAGGAUAGCAGGGAUUUCAUCGUCGAUCGGUGUUCCAAAUUGCGAUACUGCUUCUGGCAACUUCGAUUCUAUUUUAUGUAGGAUUUUUUGGUCUCUCCAAAUUCACCGUUAACUUGUUGAGAUAUACCCUAAUUGCAGAGGAGUAUUAACUCGAAAUAGUAAAAUUUUAUGAAGUGUACGCAUGAAUAAAUGUUGUUAAAUUGAAUUUUCCCUCCAUGUAUCGAGCAUAUAGGGUACAAAUCUGUAAAAUAAAACAA